AUGAGCGAGAAUAUUGAGGCAGUACUUCAGAGCGAAUCAUUGCAACCAAAUCGCCAGAGAAAGAUCAAAUGCGGUGGAGAACAGCCGGUCUGUCGAAACUGUGCCCGUAUUGAGGUUUCUUGUCAUUAUGAUGCGGAGCCCAAGCGCCGAGGUCCGGACAAAAAGCCCGGGACACGCACUCGCACGCGAAAAAACACUGGUGGAGGAUCUGUCGCAGCUUCAUCUCGAACUGCAAGCCUACUAAUCGACCCACCAUUGGUCCCCUCUCAAGUCGGUCCUGAGCGCACCAAGAAGCGCACAAAGCUUCCAUUCGUUCCAUCUUCCGAUCCUUUGCCAUCUUACGCUGCACCCCAUCCAACAUCUUUACUCCAUUCCGACAAGUCCGACACUACCGGCUCUAUUCCUAAGAUAUCGCCGCCAACCCUUCCUGGCGAGCUUGGUCCUCAUGUUGCAGGGAACGUUGCUCGUGUUCGUGUCGGCCCUAAUCCCACCCUGGACUCGAACCGUACUCCAUGUGCAUCCAAUCAACUCUCCGAUCUCCUUGCCUCCAACUCGAUUCCCAGCGCUCACAAUACCUUGGACGCAGUUUCUGGCUCGAGUGCCUGGGAUCACUCCAUACGUCAAGGUAACUCUGGGUACGCCUAUGGUGACGAUGCGUACACCUAUCCCAGUGGCCUUGUUGUAUCUGAGGAACCGUUGAUGUCCUCUGACGCCACUCAUUCAACCCUUGACACUCGGCUUGUUCAGAGCUCCGAGCCGCAGCCUCACUAUGUGCUAGCAAAUAUCUCGACCACGCACCCAACUUCAGGUACCGACCCUGGUACUAUCUCGUUGAACACUACGGAUGUUAUCGGUGUUCCGCCUUCACUAUCAGUGAAUUACCCCACGCCUCCCUCUCCAACAUUUUCCAGACUCCACCAUGCUCAUGAUCCUCACUUUCGUCCUCCUCAGGAUGUUUUCGCUGGUCUUACCUACCCGCGUGAUGGCAUAGCCAUACCUACUCUGGGGCGUGGCACCAGAUUGAACUCUGUUAGUCAAACAGAGCCACCGAACCCUGACGUUGAUGAAAGAAAUGAUGCAAUUCGAGCAUCAGGUCACUUCCAUACUCGUGAUGAAUAUGAGAAAGCCGGACAGAUGGUUACUCUGGUCUCUGGUGACGGAAUGCGAUUUCCGCAUCUACGCCACUCCAGCGUCUCCGAUAGCUCGCACGGGUACGAAUCCUCCAGUGAAUUGGGCUAUAGUGCCUCGACCGAGAGCGUAUGCAGCGAUCAUUCCAACUCCACCCGAAUUAGCUCGAGGUAUCGACAAGACAGUGUUAGCAACGUUACUACUCCCGUUUCGCACUACGGAUACCAAGAUAGCGCUGGAUACUCUUCACAUACCGAAUCGUUAUACAGUCCAUCCGGGUACACUUCACAAAACGACGGUUACACAUCUGAUGCCCAAACGCCGGCGGAAGUUACGGUGCUCCCACCGCCUGCGAACCCGGGUCUACUUGACUUUUGGCACGACGGAACAAAUUAUUUCUCCCAACAUGCAAACUCUGUCGGCGGCUCUGGGCACACAUCCAUUCCUGGCUCUAUCAGCAACCCUGAAACAGGCUCUACUUAUCAUGAGUCCACGACUACUGAGGACGAAGACCGAGGUCAAGUAGUUGUACACCAUAACGUCGGGAAUGAUUUGGCCCGUAACUUUUACAGCACCGAUAGAUAUGUCUAUGGGGCAAGUUGGGUAUCAGAACCUUCUGUUGCGUUUGCACGGAAGACUUGGUGGGAUAACUUGCUCGAAACCUACGCGCCAACGAGGACCGAAGCGGCCCUUCAAAUCACAUCCGAUCUCAAGUAUCUGUUCAAGACGAGCAAUUAUUGGUUGUCUUUCUUGAACAUCAAUCUAUUCAUGACAAACUACAAUCACAAGGAGAGACGCGAGAACAUCCAGCCAGCACUGAUCCUUGCUGCCCUUGCGUAUAGCACAUUUACUCAGUCUUCGGAAAUCGAACGUGGGCAGGCAGGCCGCGCCAAGGCUAUGGAGCUGCGUGCCCAAGCUCAAUCGGCACUGGAUGCUAGUUUGAACUCGCAAAGAUUGGACCCUACCCUGGCACAGGCAGCAUGGUUGCUCGCACUGUUCGAGGUGUCGGCUCAUCCAGAACACUCGACUGAGCGGUCUCGGUCUGCUCUUAUGUUCCUUGACGGGAUUAUUCGACUCCUUGGACUAACCAUGUUAGAUGCGAUGGACCCACAGACCGCUGUAUUUUCGGCAGACAGAGCCCCUUCAACUGGUACCGCUACUUGUGCAUGCCGUGCUUUGUCAAUCAUGAAUACAACGACCCAUGGCCAGCUCACUCCGUUCUGGGUAUCAUCUGCCGGGUGGAAUCCCAACUGGAAUGAAGCCGAGAUUCGUCGAGAAGAAAGCCGAAGACUAGUCUGGAGUGCUUUGACGCUUGCUGCUGGAUUCACAGCGCACGAUGCGGCGUUUGCCAAGGAUCCGACCGAGUUGCACAUUAUCGACGCGGCGAAUUAUGCCCUAUGCUUCCCAGCAGAGGUUAUGAUCCGACAGUCACCGAGCCUUGUGCAUUCGCCUCAAGAAUCUGUUUGGGCGUUGUAUGGUCGCGCAAUGCUGCUUUGGAAUAGCUGUCUAAUGCUACGAAAGAAGUCGGCUCAGAUGACAGACGCACAGCGUGCAGAAUUCGCUGUGAACGUUUGGUUGGAAACUAAUACUAUUGAGGAAGCCUUGAACAGGCAUACAUGCUCGUUCGAGCAGAAUUCAUUGUUCCAAGGUCGAGAAUACUUGUUCAAUACUCGCAUGUUUAUCUCUUGGGAGUUCCGUCGGUAUAUACCUUCCCCGGACACUGAGGUACACCAACAGUUUCACAGACGAAAAGCCGAGGAAUGGCUUCGACAUCAAGCCGAGGUCGCAAAACGACUUAUGCAAGGAUUACACACUGUAACCGGAUUGGCGAGUAACGUCCUCGGAAAGAGGCCAUACUUUGUCUGGUGGUUUAUGAGUCAGGUCUCUCGGUGCCUUUCUCUCUGGCAGUGCGACCAGUCCCUGUUCAUUGCUUUGGAGGUAGCUCGCGCAUUCCUUCCACCCAUUGACUACCUCACGUGUCUGUGGCCUUGCCAAAUCCAGCGCGUGCGAUACAACCAAAUCCGUCAACGAUUGCACAAUGAAUGCGUCAAGUACGGAUUAGAACCGCCUCCACCCCCUCAACUCGUCAUCCCAACGGCUAUACUCUAA